UUUCUUAUCUCAUCUUCCAACUGCAUUCUAAUCUAACCUUUCUCACUAGUCUAGCCACAUACACCCUUCAAUUAAUAGUAAAUCACUAUGGAGCUUCAUUUGAGUCUCGCUCUCUCCAACUCUCAUGCCUACGAUGCUUCUACCAAGACUCAUUUCCCUAAUAAGAAACGUAGUUUCUCCCAACUUUUGGAACAUGCAGCAGAAACGUCUAGUAACACCAACAGAUCAGAUGUUAUGUUUCAUACUCUUUGUCUUCUCCCAUUAACUCCUGGCCACUCAGAUCAUCAUGAUCAUGAACACUCCUGUCACAGUUCCACUUCCACCAUAACCAAGAGAGGUGAAGAUGAUGAAGAAGCUCUCGUUGGUUGGCCUCCAGUUUAUUAUAGGAGAAAGAAACUUCGUUAUAAUGAGGAUCACGUGGUGUCAAGAAAUUACGUGAAGGUGAAGAUGGAGGGUGUAGGAAUAGGUCGAAAAGUUAAUCUUAGCACGCACCAUUCAUUUCACACUCUCAACCAAACUCUGAUGCAUAUGUUUGGAAAAUGUGAUGAUCAACAACAGUAUGAACUGGUUUAUCAAGACAAAGAAGGUGACUGGAUUCUUGCUCAAGAUGUUUCAUGGAGAAGUUUCAUUGAGUGUGCCCAACGUCUCAAAUUGCUCAAGAUCAGAGGAUAAUUCAGCCCAAACAUUUGUUCAUGUUUUAAUUUUGGAAACCCAGAUAUUAGUUCAUGGAUAUUUUUUGCGUUAACUGUAUGUAUCUAAACUAGUUGGAUACACACCAGCUUCUGACUGAGUUGUUUGGUUACGUAACAUGUAAUAUUGUAGCUAUGUAUAGUAGCAUAGUUCGAUCAUUAUUCUUUUUCUUUUGUGUUACCGAUCCUCGAAAUCAAGAACUGAACUCAUAAUUAGUGUUAGUGAUAUAUGGAGAAUUGAGCAUUUUAAUUCUUUCUAU